AUGCCAUCUCUGAAGAAACAAAGCCUCGCGGUAGUUGUAGCGCUCGCGCGAGAGUUCGAACUUAGCUCAAACACGUGUGAAAACGGAGCCUGCAGACCAAGCACGGGGCGAAAACUGACGCCUGCAGUCAAGUGCGUAGGGCAAAAACCAGCCGCCUGCAACCUAGACUCCGGGAUUAAUCCGUCCGCGGUCGGCACACUCACUGUACUCACAUGCCAGGAGACUUGGGAAAAGCAACGGGACAUGCACGGCACCGCCAGACCGUCUGCGCGCGGCAGCAGACCACGAGGAACGAGCAGCACAGAACCUGCAGAGGGGCCCCGCGGAGGGGCCCCGCGGAUCAGCCCGCAGAGGAGGAGAGCAGUGGAGACACGCGAACCACAGCAGGUGCAGGGACGCGGAGGAGGAGCAGACCACGAGCAGCCAGACUGA